AGAAGUUGACAUCAAAAGCAUCUUAACCAUCAUUAGUGUUGCACGCAACCAUCGAACUUACCGAAAAAAGAUCAGCAGCCUUCAAAGGAUUACAUAAUUCGUGUCGUGUAAAAAUAAAACAAAUUUAGAAAAUGAAAGUAUUCGCCAUCGCCACCGUUUGCCUGGUCGUCGCCAGCUGUGCCUGGGCCGCUCCCAGUGUACAAGAUAAUAAAAUCGAAAGUGAUUCGACCUUUACUCGUGCUGCCCGCUAUUUGGGUUCUUGUCUGGAAAGUGACGAUAUGACCACCUGUUUGGCCGUUAAGGGCAUUACGGCCCUUAAUCGUGCUGCCCGCAGCAAUAACAUCGAAUUGAUCAAUGGUGUUACAUUCAAGAGAGAUCCUGCCACUCCUGUUCAACGUGCCGGACGUGCCAUGAGCGAAAAUGAUGUCUACUCCCAAUUGCCCGAAGAUUCUGAUGAACGCGCUGGUCGUUUGGUUGAUAUGGCCGUGGAAAGUGCUACUGAUUUCUUGGGCUCCCACAACUUGGAAGUUAAGGUACCUGCUGAAGCUACCCAAGAAAUUGCCCGUGCUUUGGAUGAAGGUCGUGGCAAAUUGAAGAAAAUGAUUGGACCCAUUGCCUUGGCCAUCGGUGCUAAAGUUUUCGCCAUUGUACCCCUCUUGUUGGGCGGUUUGGCUCUGUUGACCACCAAGGCCAUCAUUGUUGCCAAAAUCGCUUUGUUCUUGGCUCUUUUGUUAGGCGGCUCCAAAUUGUUCGGUAGCAAAUUGGGUGGUUCCUUGGGCGGUGGCUAUAGCAACAAUGUUGGUUGGUCUGGUGCCUCCACCGGUGGCUGGUCAUCGGGUGCAUCAUCUGCCUACCCUUACGCUCGCAGCAUGAAUGAUGCCCAAGAAUUGGCCUAUGCCGGACAAGUAAAUGAACAAUAGAUCGUUGCAACGCGGCGACUUUUAUUGUAAAGCCAAGCAUUUACAUGCCAAAAAUGUGCCUUUUUCGAUUUUGUGACCCCCUAUUGGGGAAAUCGAAAAGUACCAUUAUGGUCUUAGUUUGUAGUAAUUUAUUGAAAAAAAAGACAACACAAAUUAAUUUAUUUUAAUUUAUUGAAAACGAAUACGCUGAAUAAAUAAGAAUAAUAAUGAAAAAAUAAGUAAAUAUUUGUUAUUUUUGUUAACAUUCACUGACGCCCAAUCACCCGUAAUCGAAAAUAUGUGACAUUCUAGUUCAUUCCAUGAAACGAAAACACCUCACUUAAUUACCAAUAGCUGUUACACCUAAAUUAUUUAUUUAACAUUAUUUGUACAAAUCAUAGAUGAAACAAUCAAAAU